UUUGACGAGUUCUCGCGAGAUGUCGUCUACGUGGAAUGAAAACGAAGCUCCGGUUACGAUAUUAUUUUUCUCCAGUUUGGGACACAGAAAUAUGGCAAAUUUCGCACGCUAGACAGCACUGAACUGAACAUUCCAGUACAAGAACUUUUGGAGACGUCGGAAUCGUGGAUUUCUUCGAAGCCAACAUGAUGGACUACGAGCUGGAAGAGGAUAAAUUGGGGAUGCAGGCCAUCCCGGGGAGUGUAACCCUUGAAAAGGACAGCCAGAAUCUUAUUGGGAUCAGUAUAGGGGGCGGGGCUCCGCUCUGCCCCUGUCUGUACAUCGUGCAGGUGUUCGAUAACACGCCCGCCGCCAAGGAAGCCACGCUGGAGUCUGGAGACGAGAUCGUUGGCGUGGGCGGGAAGUCAGUCAAGGGGAAGACAAAAGUGGAGGUGGCCAGACAGAUCCAGGCUGUGAAGGGUGAAGUGACAAUCAACUACAACAAACUGAAGGCAGAUCCCAAACAAGGAAAGACAUUGGACAUAGUGUUGAAGAAAAUCAAGCACAAGUUUGUGGAGAACAUGAGUUCCAGUACCGCAGAUGCCCUGGGGUUGAGCAGAGCCAUCCUCUGUAAUGAUGGCCUAGUAAAGAAACUGCAGGACCUGGAGAGAACAGCAGGCAUGUACCAUGGUCUGGCUGAGCACACCAAGAAGAUGAUGAGAGCCUGCUAUGAGCUGUCACAAACACAUAAAGAGUUUGGUGAUGUGUUUUGUGAUGUGGGGAUGCGAGAACAAGUGGCCGGUGCUAACGAGGCUUUCCUGGCCUUUGGGGAGGCCCAGAGAAACAUGGAGAAAUAUGGCAUCCGAUACCUGAAGACUAUCAAACCAAUGUUGAGUGACCUGAACACCUAUCUUAACAAGGCAGUCCCUGAUACCAAGCUGACUAUCAAGAAGUACCUGGAUGCCAAGUUCGAGUAUCUGUCCUUCUGUCUGAAAGUGAAGGAGAUGGAUGAUGAAGAGUACAGCUAUGCUGCAUUACAAGAACCCCUGUACAGAGUGGAGACGGGUAACUAUGAGUAUAGGUUGGUUCUGCGAUGUCGUCAGGAGGCCAGGGCCAAGUUUGCCAAGUUACGUGCUGAUGUUUUGGAAAAGAUCGAACUACUGGACCAGAAACAUGUACAAGACAUAGUGUUCCAGCUACAGCGGCUGGUGUCGGCCAUGGCCAAAUAUCACAACGACUGUCACGCCAUCAUGAAGGAGACAGACGUGUUCCCCAUCGAGGUGGACCUAUCACAGACCACCUUCAACUACUCCAAACGGGACGACUUCACGGACCCAGAUGAAGAUGAAGAUGAGGGUGAAGAAGAGGAUGUAGGGUCGGGUGGGGACGAAUGACAUUGUUGUUUGGUAGAAACAUAUGACUUGUAUGAAUGGCCAUAGAUAUUACAUGUUACAUAAUAGGGUUGUAUAUACCUGUACCCAGUACUGGUACACCGGUACAAUACCACGAAAAUCCUUUAGGGGUACAUGUACAGGUCCAAAAUACCAGAACAUUUAAAUUGAUGUACUGGUCCAGACCUGUACCUAAACCUCUGUACCAGUACCUGAAGUCUACUAAGUAGGUAUACACCCAUUAUAGGAUAUACACAGAUGUAUCUGUUCAGUAAUAUAUAAAGAUUUCGACCAAACUUACAAAUUCCCAACUUUAUGCUCACCUCACGGUCUUGGAGCUCCUGCUGUUGUUAUAUCCAAGAUGGUUGAAAGUAGGUUUUAUCUUUGUGGCAAACGUACAUUGUAUGCCAUUUCCUGGUUUGUUAGCUAUUGAGUAGUAGGCUAUCAUUCAGUAUCAUGACUAUAGAUUACUGCAGUCAGAUUUUCCUCAUGUUUACCUUUCUUUGAUGUUAUGUGAGAUAGGACCACUUUAUGUAAAAUGUAUGAUAGAUAUAAGAAGGUGCUACACAAUAUGUUGUAGGUACAAGGCUAUGUAGCUACUGUCUUUUGUAACUUAUUUAUGUAUAAGAUAAUGAUGUGUAGCAUUGUUUUUCAUGGCUGCAGGUACUUUGUAUAUUUCGUUUAUUCAGCUCAGAUGUGUGAAAGCCUUUGUUAUACAUGUUGUAAUUUGGUUUUUGAAUAUUGUUGUACAUGGAAUAUUAAAUAUUUACCUGUGUGGACCUAUAA